ACACUCUGAGGAACCAGCGGUGCUUACAUACGUUCCCCAGGCUCCUUGCACCGAGAGGGCGCCGCGAGGUGCGCACGGCCGGCUCCGGAGGUGGCCCGCAUCCAGCGCCCACCCCGGGGUUUUAGUGGUGCGGCCCGAAGCGAGCUGGGACCUCAGACGUGGGACCGAGCCAGGCAUCCAGCCCUCGGGGAGACUCCGGGGCGACUCCACGGCGACCCCCAGGAUGCCAGAGGCCGGGGACUCCCGCCAGGACCUCAAGCGAUGGAAAAAGAAGAAGCAGCAGGUGCAUCGCACUGUCAGCCAGAUCUGCCCGCCCCCUCGGCGGCCCCUGACAGUGGCUGACAUCCGCCCAGGCAUGGAGAAUGAGAGGCUGGGGGUCGUGCGGGACUCCAUGUUUCAGAACCCGCUCAUCGUCAAGGCUGAACUCGGCAAGCCCCGGGAGAGGAGCUGCAGCCUGCCUGGCAUCGACUUCAAUUACGGACUCUACAUCCGGGGGCUGGACGGAGGGGUCCCCGAAGCCUUAGGGCACUGGGACGUGUUUAAGCAGCAGCCCACCUGCCCCCACGAGCUAACCCGGAACUAUAUCGCCAUGAACCGCGGGGCAGUGAAGGCUGGCCUGGUGACCGCCCGGGAGAACAUCCUGUACCGGCAGCUCAACGACAUCCGCAUCAGCGACAAGGAUGACCGGCGGACCAAGAAGGACGCACCCUCCCUGCCCCCAGACAUGACCUAUGGCAUCCAGGCACGGCCUUCUACACCCUUCUUUGAUCUGCUGCAGCACCGGUACCAGCAGCUGUGGGUGCAGGAGCAAAAGGCCACCCAGAAAGCCAUUAAACUGGAGAAAAAGCAAAAGGUGAUCCUGGGGAAGCUGUAUGAGACCCGGAGCAAUCACCUGAGGAAAUACAAGCCGCCCGUGAAGCUGGAUGCCCUCUGGCACAUGCCCCACUUCCAGAAGGUGGGUCGCCAUCUUGACACCUUCCCCACCGAGGCUGAUCGCCAGAGAGCACUCAAAGCCCAGCGGGAAGAAUACGCAGUGCGCCAGGGGACCCUGCGCCUGGGCAACUACACCCACCCCUAGGCCCUGGCCUGCCUGGAGAAGCCCGUCGCAGUGGAGACCCGGAGGACUCGGCUCUCUCGCCAACCCCAGCGCGACCCUCCUCCCCGUCUCGGUUUCUGCUGGGCGAAGACCCAGUCAGGCCUUAGCUUGAUAUUUUUGGCCAGGCCCCCCCUUUAGGUUAGCCCAUACCGGUCCUACCUACCCCAGCGACCCUCGACCUGGGGACUCCUCCUCCCCAGGCUCCCCCUGCUUCUCUGCCAGCUCUCCCCUGACCCCAUGAACCCCAAUUACAAGGCAGUUUCUAAAAAUCCAGGCUCAGGGUCGAUCCUACGACUCUGCCCAUGAGGCAUCAAGAACCACCUGUGUUUCCUGCAGAAAGCGUGACAGUGACGUGCUUUGAAAGCUCUCAUUCCAUAUUCCAAACAUGAGUUUUAAUUGCUCUUUUUGGGAUGCCUAGUGUCUCGCCACAGCAGAAUGAUCUCUCUGGGACCCCUGACAGCAGGCAGAGCUGAUGGUUCAUUACUUGGACAGCCCCCACCCCUCAGCUCAGGGCCCCGUCAAUCAGACAGGCCAGGCUAGACUUCCCACCCAGCCUGCCUGGGCUGUGGACCCCUCCCGAGAAGCAGAGAGGCUGCCAGGCCAGUGGGACUUCUCAGGCAAACUUCUGGGUGCUUCUUCAUUCAAUUUUCUGCAGGUUCUUUGGCUUCUUCUCACAAAUUAUAUGCUGAUCUGUUUUGAAUUUAAA